GUUAUAGGAAACAGUAAAUUAGAAAAACGUCUUUAAUUUAUGAAUCCCCAUUAUCUAAAAAUUAAUUAAAUGGCAUCAUCUCGUAUUCAGGCUACUUUACGUCAAUUAUCGAAAACUUACAAGAAAAAAAGUAGAUUUGAUAUUGGCAUAGCUUCUGAGUUACCUGCUGCUUAUAAGAAGUUUUGGCGAGAAUGGAAAGUUCUCAAACCUGCUGCCGUUCACUUUGUACCUCAAGAGGGCAAAUGGAAACGCGACGAGCUAACUGGAGAAACAAUGCCUAUACAGAACGUCCCAAUACCAUUGAAACAUCCAGCGGAACUUCAUGAAGGCAUAUGGGGCGGGGAAGCAGUCAUCAAAGGUUUCCAAAAACGUGACAGGAACACACGCAGAGUGCCUCAUUACUGGGUACCAGUCUUGAAGAGAACAGUUGUACGUUCAGAGGUUCUCAACACUCACCUCUCAGUAACAGUCACAGAUAGAACUAUUCAACUUAUUAAUGAUCACUAUGGGUUUGAUCACUAUUUGUUGAAGACACCAGCUUGUGACCUUGUCUCAAUGUUGGCAUUGAAAUUAAAAAAGCAGAUACUGACUGAAUUGAUGAAUGGAUGCCCUAGAUAUGCUAAUAACCCCGAUAAACAAAAGGAAAUUUAUGAGGAGUAUAGAACUUAUUUAACAUCAUAUACACCAGAAGAAAUUGAAUGGUAUGGUCUUUCAUGGUAUGAGGCUCUGACAAAGGUUGCUAAACAAAAGGAAGCUAAUAAACCAAUACCUCUUAAGAAUGUAUAUAGAAAAAACCUUGUAGAAAAAUUAAAGGAGGCAGGAUUAGAGGAAGGCUCAAGUUCUGCUGAGGAAAUGUCGAGUGCAACAUCAUGGUUAUCCAAAAUGAACCCAUUUGGAAAAAAGGAUGAAGCUUAAUGUGAAAAUUGCAUGACAAUUGUUAAAAU